CGGUGCAGCAGGUCGGUAGGCGGGAAAUGGCGGCUGGCCGCUGCCGGGGCUGCUGAGCGGCGACGGGGCCCCCGGCGGCGGCGGCGGCGGCGGCGCUGCUGCUGCUGGGCGCGCGACCGAGCGAGGGAGCGAGCGCGGCGCCCUGCGGGGCCCGGACCGCCCUGCCCUGCGCCGCCGCCCCCCCCGCCAACAACGCCGCUCACGGAGGGACCCCCGGCAGACGCGGCCUCGCUGGCGGAGCGGCCGACGGGCGGGCGCGGAGGAGGAGGAGGAGGAGGAGAGGCGGCUCCCGGGCGGCGCCUCCGCCCCCCGCCCCGCGCCCCUCCCGCCCCUGCCGCCGCCGCCGCCGCCGCCGCCUCCUCACAGUUUUACAUGUGAUACCAACAAAAAUGAGGCUGAGAACGCGGAAAGCUUCUCAGCAGUCAAAUCAAAAUUACACACAGCGAACGCUGAGGGUGAAGAGGAAAUACUCGGAGGUCGAGGAAAGCUUACCUGUUGGAGGAGGAAAACCGCCGAAGAAUGAAACUGGCCUGUUGUCUUCAAUCAAAAAGUUCAUUAAAGGGAGCACCCCCAAGGACGAAAGAGAACAUCCAGCAAAGAGAAGUCGCAUUGAACGUGAUAUCGAUGACAACUUAAUUAGUUCUACUCCGCGAACAGGAGAGAAACCUCCUAACAAGCCGAUCUCUCGAGUGAGGCGGAAAAGUCAAGUGAAUGGAGAAGCUGGAAAUUAUGAAGUGACAAACCAGCAUGUUCGGCAAAAUGGAAAAUUGGAAGAUAGCCCCACCACCGGCAGCCCCCCACGAACUACGUUACUGGGGACCAUAUUUUCUCCUGUCUUCAAUUUUUUCUCACCAGCAAAUAAAAAUGGGACAGCUGGCUCAGAUUCUCCAGGGCAAGCCGUGGAAGCGGAAGAAAUCGUGAAGCAGCUCGAUAUGGAACAGGUUGAUGAGAUCAUCACCAGCACUGCCGCCUCGGCCAACGGGGCCCCUUACUCCGCUCAAGCAGUACAGGUCAGGUCAGCGAUCAACAACGGCUUGGAGGAAGUUGAGCAUGUGCCUGAUCGUGACCUGCCACCUCUCACUGCACCAGUCUCUCCAGACAGCGGUUAUUCGUCAGCUCAUGCCGAAGCCACCUAUGAAGAAGACUGGGAGGUCUUUGAUCCUUACUAUUUCAUCAAACACGUUCCACCGCUAACCGAAGAACAACUGAAUCGGAAGCCCGCUCUUCCUUUGAAAACCAGAAGCACACCAGAGUUCUCCUUAGUUCUAGACUUGGAUGAAACAUUAGUCCAUUGCAGUCUGAAUGAAUUGGAAGAUGCUGCGCUCACUUUUCCUGUCCUUUUCCAAGAUGUGAUCUACCAGGUUUAUGUGCGGUUAAGACCGUUCUUCAGAGAAUUCUUGGAGCGCAUGUCACAGAUCUAUGAGAUCAUUCUUUUUACUGCUUCUAAGAAGGUGUAUGCAGACAAGUUAUUGAACAUACUAGACCCUAAAAAGCAACUGGUCAGGCACCGACUCUUCCGUGAGCAUUGCGUUUGUGUUCAAGGAAACUACAUAAAGGAUUUGAAUAUCCUUGGUAGAGACCUCUCAAAAACUAUCAUUAUUGACAAUUCACCACAAGCCUUUGCCUAUCAGCUUUCAAAUGGAAUUCCUAUAGAGAGUUGGUUCAUGGAUAAAAACGAUAACGAACUGCUAAAAUUGAUUCCUUUUCUGGAGAAACUUGUAGAGCUGAAUGAAGAUGUUCGACCUCACAUCAGAGACAGAUUUCGUUUGCACGACUUACUACCCCCUGACUAAACACCGCGCCUUUGUCUGAUGACUGAAAGGGGGGAAAUGCAGAAAACUCUUUUUUUCCCUUUUGAACUGAAACGAAAAAACAUUGCCAUUACUGUUGAAAUUUUUGCAUUUUUGUACCCUGUCUCGCUUUUCUUAUCUCUGACGCCCAACAACAAUCAAGGGUCACAGAAGGACUUUCUAUAUCGCCAACGGAAUACAGAUCAGUACAAUACAGCAGGCAGGCUAGAACAGAAGCGUCUUUAGAACUAGUGCAACUCCAAUGUUUUGGUUUUUUUUUUUUAAUGUACAGGACAUCUGCCGUUUUUAAAGAAUUCUGUUUCUGCCACCAGCAGUUUGACCUGUAAAAAAUGCAGGAUUUUAUGAAUCGCAGAGAUUGAAAAUGGACUCUUGUUUUCUCUCUGUUUGGUGCUCUCUCAGUGGGUUUGUAGCCACUUUUGUGUUACUUUUCAGAUCCUCCUUUCAACAGGAAUGGCCAGUAAAUGUUGGGUUGGGUUUUUUCCCCCCCUGUUAAGGUUUAUAACCUUUUUACAUUUUUGACCUGUAUUAGAUUUUAGACAUUCAUUAUGCAUUCCUUUUAGUUGAGGCGGCUUCAUAGUUAUUUUUUUCUGGAAAUAGCCAAAUUUUACUAGGUUUUUUUAUGAUAUGAUUGGAUGGCCGUUUCCCUGCUUUGUCUGCUUGCAUACUGUAUAUUUGUUUAAAAAUAUUAUCUAGUUUUAUUCCAUGUAAGUUUCAUUUAGAAAUCUGCAUUUAUAUAUGAUUUUGUUUUUGUUUCGGUAAUAUUCUACUGUAGUGGAAAUCUUUUCAAAAAUCAAGAGACUGGCUAGAUAAGAAGAAAUAUAAGAAUUACUAAUAUUCAAAAUAUUUAAACCAUUGUGAUGGCAUGUACUCUGGACAGACCAUCUCUCGUGGGGGGGGUCAGUGGUCAAUGGACAGGAACCAAUACCUCAGAGUCGGCUGUGCAGACGAGUCCUUGUGAAGGAGACCCAGCUGGAGCAGAUCCCGUUCAGCUCACCGCUGCCUUCAGGUUCCUCCAGGAGCGAAGUACGGUGGGAGCCGUUCAGUAUCUGAAGCUGGCGGGUGGGAGUUGGUGGUCCUUCUGCUAUACAGUUGGGUACAAUCAGUUCUAAACGUUGUGUAGUAUUGACGGCACCACCAAAGCAACUAUGCAGAAUCCUGUGGUCCAGUACACUCCUUUACCACCCGUACAGCUGAUAUGCUAUCAGAGUGGUUUUCUAUGCCCUAUGGAAAUGGUCUGGAAGCCGUGGUUCUCUAAUGCAGCUCACACAAGAGGUGGAUAUUUUUUUAAUGGAGCGUAAUCUCCUUUUUAGGAGGCUUUUUAUGGAAGGGAAAAAUUUGUAGAAGUUAGUAAGUUUGCCUCAAAACUGCAUUACCAUGCCAUGGGCUCGGGCUGUUUUUGUGUAAAGGAUGUCACAGAAUGGCACUUUUUCUAAAGAGAAGUUUGAUAUUUUGUAUGCUUGUUAAAGAAAGUACAGUAUUGGAAAUUAAAGGUGGACAACUGAUAAUUGAGAAGUAUGUCAAUUAAUUUUUUAUGUAUAUUACCUGUUUACUUGUACAAUUUUAUUGUACAAAUUACACGCAGCUUCAUUUUCCAAUGAGUCCUUAAAAUAAGGAAAAUCUUUUUAGGAAAACAUUUAAUUUUUGUAUUUUUUGAUUUUAAAAGGCAUGGAUUAUGUCAAGUUUUUUCCAGUGUAUUAAUGAAAAUUUUAACUUUUCAUCAGGUUGAGUGUUUUCUUACUAUAUUAUCUGUUGUAUAUGUAGCUAGCACAUUGUGUCACUGAACUGUUUAAAAAAAGUGAGCAUGUAGAGCAAGCCUGCUUUGUGGAAAAUCAUUAGUCAUUGAAAACAAAAUCAUGGUGGAUUUUCUGCAGAAAAGUAAAAAAGCAUUUGCUACCCAGAAUGCUGACUUUUUUUUUGUACUUAGAAAGGUAUUUUGUUUGCAGGAAAAUGCUAUGGAUUCAUUUAAUGAGAAUCUUUGAAAUGUAUUUAACUUUAGGACACCUGGGCAUCUUUAUGCUGUUUAUCUUAAUGUCUUUAUUGAAAUAAAAUGUACAUAAUGUUACAUUUUUAAAUAUGCGUGCAUAUAUAUAUAUAUAUUUAUAUAUAUGUGUGUGUGUGUUUGUGUGCGUGAGUGUGCGCGUGCCUGUAUGUUUGUGCAAAAGUGACUCCUAUAUCCAGUCCCUCCCUGUUUUUCUAAUAAUGAGGUAUAGAUAGAUUUGAUCUGAAAAUGUAAAGUUGCAAGUUUCUCCUUGAGUUCCUUUUCAAUGAAAGAUCAAUCUCAGACCAAUUAUCCCAGAGUCUGCCCCCUGUGGCUCUUCCUGAGAAUCACCAGUGGGCUCCUGAGGGGUCUCUGGUAGUCUGAGUAGAGCCAGCAGAAGAGGCUGCAGGUAGAGUCCUUCUGGUACCCCCUGCACCUGGCAGGAAGCAGAACCAUCCUGGGAGCUCUCUGGAGGAGUAAGAGAUCCCUCCUUCCCUCCCUCCCUCCUUCCCUCCCUCUAAAUGUGAUAUGUGGGUGCAGAGAGAGUGUGUGUGGGGUGGGUACUUGCGUGUGGGUGCUUCUCCAUUACCAUAACAGUUUGUUUGCUAUGCUGUAUUAAGAGAUUAUUUUCUACAGUUCACCAAUAAGUCCAAUAAAGUAGACCCUACCCUGAAUAAAA